AUGGGCUACAAUGCAGGUGGCCAAUUGUCUGGAAGCAGUUUGACUGAUUCCUCGCUUUACAAGAACGAGUCUGCGUCGCCCGACUCUUCAGAUCCUACGGCUUCUCUACCCCGCGAUGGUCGCCCCCAUCGUCGCGGUUAUCAGGCAUGUCAGCGCUGUCGUGAGCGCAAAGUCAAAUGUGAUCUAGGCAGUGUCGACGCCCCUGCCGAUCCUCCUUGCAAGCGUUGUCUCCGCGAGCGCCUAAAAUGCGAGUUUGCCCCGACGAGGAAAAAGCAAAAGAAGUUGGAUGGGACUGCGAGAGAUGUGUCGGACCAUGAGGUCUCGAAGGAUGCAACUCCUUCUGUUAUGAAUGGUAGCUUGCCACCUUAUGGCCUCAGUCAAACGACCGACCAGCUGGCUUCACCGUUGGCUACCGCAAAUGGGCUGGUCCGCGACGCUUGGUCGCCGUCUACAUCCAAGCGAUCAUUGACCUCUCAUCCCCACGACGAGUCUCUGCAAACACGCAGCGCGUCUAUAUAUGGCAGUUCACCAGCGCCGAAAAAGGACCUUACAGAUGUUCAUCUACAUAGUCAGAUUGCCGCAGCCAAAUUACAUGCCCCGGUCUCCAAUACUCAAGAUGCUUUAGGCAUCCUAGUUGAUGCCGCCUUCUCCAACAAUAAUGCACACAACCCAAACGACCGUGCCUUCUCCGACCGCGCUGAAGCCAAGCGUAAUAUUUUCAACCUCGACCAUGCCAGCCCUGAAACCCUCGGAACGACCGGCGUCAGCCCAGAGGAGCAGGCGGAGCGCCAAGCUGGGCUGAAGGUGUGGUCGGAAGUGCGCUUUGUACGGAAUGGAUGGUUCACAGCCUGGGAAGCCAUGCAAUAUGUCGAGUACUUCUACGAGAAGCUGGCUCUCAUGACUCCAGUGGUCUUCCCUGACUAUAGGUCACCAUUCAAGCAUCGUGAUCUCCUGAUCAACGAACCAAUCCUUGCGCUUGCAAUUCUGGCCAUCGCCUCCCGCCACAUGCCCCUUUCCGGCCACGCUGCAACGACUCGAUCACAUCACAUUCAGGCCAAGCUCUGGAACAGUUUGCGCCGACAGGUGGAGAGGCUUUUAUGGGGUCAGGAGCAAUUCGGCGGGGGGUUUUGCGGAGGCGGCAACUCUGCAAGAAUUCGCGAGUCCGAGACUGGGCAGAUCACCUGGAGUGGGAGUUUGCGCACUUUUGGCACGAUUGAAGCACUUCUCUUGCUUACGGAUUGGCAGCCCCAGGCUCUUCAUUUCCCGCCCAAUGAUGACGAGACUGGUCUGCUGGACCAGAAUCUUAUCAUCUCCUGUGAAUCAUCUUCAUACGCGCCGGCACCAGAGGAUGAACCUAAAAGAAGCCGCGAUUAUGAUAACCUGCCCUACGCAAGCUGGUUAGAGCCCGCUUGGAGGUCGGAUCGAAUGUCGUGGAUGCUGCUUGGGCUCGCUCAGAACCUGGCCUUUGAGCUCGGCGUUUUUGACACCAAUCAUUUCAACUGCCGUCACGAACAUGGACCAGAUUCGGAAUGUGCGCGAAAAAGACGCAUCAAAAAUCUCGUCCUCGUCUAUGUCGCCCAGACUAGCGGCAGGAUGGGCAUCCAAUCGUCUCUCAACGUGGAGGAAUGGGAGACUGACACGAUCUGGGACCAAACCCAACGUCCAGGACAACCUGGUCAUCCCAUUGACAUUAUGCAAGCUUGUUGGCUGCACAUAGCCAGGAUCCUCAACAGAGCAAACCGCGAAAUUUUCUCAUCACCACAAUUUACAAGAGACCUCACAUCCAGUGGCAGGUACAAAGAUUCCAUCAACACGUUCACGCCAUUGCUGCGUCAGUGGAUGAAUGUCUUCGAUCAGUCCAAGGCCUAUAUCCACCCCAUUAUGCAGAGUAUCUUGCGGAUGGAAUAUGAGUAUACACGUCUCUACGUCAACUCUCUUGGUCUCCAGAAAGUGGUCGAGUCGUGGGUCGAGGGAGGAUCCAACAUUCGCAAGACGACGCUGCUUAAGAUCGCCGAAGACAACAAGCCGUAUAUUGAUGAAGUGACUGAUGCUGCGCUGAACAUUCUGAGCAUUGUGGUGGAUGAUUUUGCAGCCAAAGAUUACUUGCGAAAUGCCCCUGUUCGCAUCUAUCUUCGAAGUCUAUCAGGCAUGAUGUUUACAUUGAAGCGCUUCAGCUUAGGUACGCACGAAGCCCUGGUCCGCAAAUGUCUCCAGCAGCUCGAAAAGAUCAUUGUUGCCAUGUCCAAGGAGUAUGUCGAUGACGUCCACCUGUCCUCCUCUACCUCAAGGCUGGUCGGACACAUCGUGCGGAAUGUGAAGCAGUCCUUGAUCCGUGUCCAACAGGGAGGGACUGGAUCUGCAGGUCCCAGCCGCGAACAAUCACGCGCACAGUCCCCUCACGCUCACGAUCAUGACAGUUCCAGUCAUCAUCUACAGCAGCAGCAGCAGCAGCAGCAGGCUGAUCACGCCAUGAACGUGCUUCAGCAAAGCCCUGGAUUCUAUUUGAAUGAUCCUCUUGCAGGAAUACAGGCGAGACCUAUGGCGGAACUGUCAUCGCAGACUUUUGUCCCGCCGCCAAACUUCCUUGGCAGCGGAGACGAGUUAGACUCGGCGCUGGACGAGACUAGCCUCGAUCCGACGAUUGCUAACUUCUCAAUGGAUUGGUUUGCACUGCCCUUGGACAACCUCUGGCACAAUGAUGGCAUCACUGUAGAUCAAGGCUUGGGCGGAAUUGGCCCAACCGUCGGGGCCCGCGACAUGCUAGAGGUCAUUACAAACCAAGACUACAAUCAGAUGCAGUGGAACGGCGAUCAGCCAUUUGACUAUAACCAUAGUUGA